UGACACACACACCUUUACCGGUGAUUUCCCGAAGUUCUAGUGACUUUGAGUUUUUGAUUUUUAACAAAUCUCUGAAAAAUGACACAAUGACACGUUAAUUUUUUUUUCAAAAACGUCAAAUUAAAUUAUCAGUGAUGCCCUGCAACCCAUGUGGACUCCACCAAACCGAUUCAGAUGAAAUCCCCUUCGAGAAGAAUCUUGAACCAGUUUUACUCAACAUCUACGACAUGUUUAAAAUCAAUGAUUUUCUAGGUUUGGGUGUUUUUCACUCAGGAGUGGAAAUCUACGGUAUUGAAUACGGGUUUGCAGGGCAUCAAAACAACACAAGUGGUAUUUUCGAAAUUGAACCACGAAAUGAACAAAUCCUUGAAGAGUUUUUCAAUAUGCAUAAUGGACAAUUAAAAUAUCGUGAAACACUUCAUAUUGGUGAUACGGAUUUAACACGUGAUGAAAUCGCAAGAAUUGUAGUGAAAUUAGGACGAAAAUUUCGUGGUAUUAAAUACCAUUUGAUUUACAAUAAUUGUAAUCACUUUUCGGCGACUUUUACUAAACUUUUAUGCAAGAAAACAAUCCCAAAUUGGGUGAAUCGUUUGGCUUAUUUGGGCAGUUUUAUACCGUGUUUACACAAAUUGUUACCUGAUUUAUUCUAAAAUAAAUCCCUUUACCUGA